AUGUUACUUAAUUCGUUCAAUUGUCUCUAAACAUUGAGUUUUCUUAAUUUCUUUCUUUCUUUCCUCUCUCGUCUUAUCUCUCGUGUCAAUGAAAGCGAUAUUUGUAACCUUCAAAACCCCACCUUCAUAAAUUACCCAAAAAAACCCCCUUCUUCAUAAAUUCAGGGCUAUAAAAAUAAAGAUUUCAUUUCAAUUUUUAGGUUCUUAAUCAAAGAGAGGCUAUAAAUUCUAGUUGGUGGACGUAGGUUUCCCUUAGCUGCUAAGAUUUCAGUUUUUUCUUUCUAAGAUCAUUUGCGCCUCUUUUCCUCUAUAAAUUCAAUAUCUUUGAUUUUUAUAAUUUUCAGGAAAGAAAUUUAAGUGCUUUUUUUCUUUUUUUUCUGGGGUUUUCUCAAAAUGGAAUUUUUCUCUUACACAUCUCAACCAAUUGCUUCAUCUUCCUCAAUUUUGUGUAAUUUGGGCGAAAAAAUUCGAGCAACACUUAGUUUUGCUUUCUCUGCAACUCUUGGCAGUCUAUUAUCUGCCUUCUUCACAUUUUGUUUUGCUUUAGUUGGGACACUGUUGGGAGCUAUGACUGGGGCUUUGAUUGGUCAAGAGACAGAGAGUGGAUUUGUAAGAGGAGCUGCAAUUGGAGCUAUAUCUGGUGCUGUUUUCUCAAUUGAGGUUUUUGAAUCAUCACUUGUUCUUUGGCGAUCAGAUGAAUCCGGCGUCGGCUGCCUUCUUUACCUGAUUGAUGUUAUUGCAAGCCUUUUGAGUGGUAGGCUUGUUCGUGAGCGAAUUGGUCCUGCAAUGCUGAGUGCAGUACAGAGUCAGAUGGGUGCUGUAGAAACAAACUUUGAGGAAGCUACAAAUAUCUUUGACAUCGGUGGCGUGAAAGGUUUACCAGGGGAUCUAGUUGAGAAGAUACCAAAGAUCAAAAUCUCAAAAAACAACAAUAUUGAUGAUUCAGGAGAGAGAGUCUCCUGUUCUGUUUGUCUUCAGGAUUUCCAAAUCGGCGAAACGGUUCGAAGUUUGCCUCAAUGUCACCAUAUGUUUCACCUUCCUUGCAUUGAUAAAUGGCUGCUGAGGCAUGGUUCUUGCCCCUUGUGCAGAAGAGAUCUGUAAUGUAAUUACUCCAGUUAAAUUUUUGACACCCAUGUUAACUUAUUUUUCUUAUUAGCAUUUUUUUUCUUUUCUUUUUUGAGGUGAUGUUUUUGUUCAUUAUUAUACUUCUAAAACACCCUCAAAUAGAUUUAGUUAUAGCUUAUGCCUCCUUGUUUACGGCAUUGUUGUAUUUGAAUUAUAUUAAUGAUCAUGUAUAAAAGUUUGAGAGUUGAUCGUACUCUUUCUUUC